AUGCUCCCGCUUUCCAUCACCCCGCCCCAUUCUCCCGCUUUCCAUUACCCCGCCCCAUUCUCCCGCUUUCCAUCACCCUGCCCCAUUCUCCCGCUUUCCAUCACCCCGCCCCAUUCUCCCGCUUUCCAUCACUUCGCCCCAUUCUCCCGCUUUCCAUCACCCCGCCCCUAUCUUCCUCUUUCCAUCACCCCGCCCCAAUCUCCCGCUUUCCAUCACCCCGCCCCAUUCUCCCGCUUUCCAUCACCCCGCCCCAUUCUCCCGCUUUCCAUCACCCCGCCCCAUUCUCCCGCUUUCCAUCACCCCGCCCCAUUCUCCCUCUUUUCAUCACCCGCCCCUUUCUCCCUCUUUCCAUUUCCCCACCCCAUUCUCCCGCCUUCCAUCACCCCGCCCCAUUCUCCCGCUUUCCAUCACCUCGCCCCAUUCUCCCGCUUUCCAUCACCCCGCCCAAUUCCCCCUCUUUCCAUCAGCCCGCCCCAUUCUCCUGCUUUCUAUCACCCCGCCCCAUUCUCCCUAUUUCGAUCACCCCGCCCCAUUCUCCCACUUUCCAUCACCCCGCCCCAUUCUCCCGCUUUCCAUCACCCCUCCCCAUUCUCCCUCUUUCCAUCACCCCGCUCCAUUCCCCCUCUUUCCAUCAGCCCGCCCCAUUCUCCCGCUUUCCACCACCCUGCCCCAUUCUCCCGCUUUCCAUCACCCUGCCCCAUUCUCCCGCUUUCCAUCACCCUGCCCCAUUCUCCCGCUUUCUAUCACCCCGCCCCAUUCUCCCGCUUUCCAUCACCCCGCCCCAUUCUCCCACUUUCCAUCACCCCGCCCCAUUCUCCUGCUUUCCAUCACCCCGCCCUAUUCUCCCGCUUUCCAUCACCCCACCCCAUUCUCCCGCUUUCCAUCACCCUGCCCUAUUCUCCCGCUUUCCAUCACCACGACCCAUUCUCCCUCUUUUCAUCACCCCGCCCCAUUCUCCCUCUUUCCAUCACCCCGCCCUAUUCUCCCUCUUUCCAUCACCGCGCCCCAUUCUCCCGCUUUCCAUCACCCCGCCCCAUUCUCCCGCUCCAUCACCCUGCCCCAUUCUCCCGCUUUCCAUCACCCCGGCCCAUUCUCCCGCUUUCCAUCGCCCCGCCCCAUUCUUCCGCUUUCCAUCACCCCGCCCCAUUAACCCUCUUUCCAUCACCCCGCCCCAUUCUCUCUCUUUCCAUCACC